AGACCGAGAGCGCGCGGCUCCCGCACAUUCCCUCAGGUGAAAUGAUUCUCUGAAAAGACCCGGAGCUCCGUCCGAAGCCCCGCACCGCGCAGCACUUCCCCGGGUCCCCGCCGCGUCCUGGGACAGUCCCGUGAGGAGGAUGGGAGCCCUACAGUCCAUCCCGGGACAUCCGGAGUACAGCGACCUGUCCGACAAGACCGGCUUUUCAUUUGAGCAGAUUUCAGUUUUACACAAAAGAUUCAAACAACUGAGCCACAAUGAAGACACACUACAUAGAGACGACCUGAGUGCGAUUCCUGACCUGUCGUGUAACCCCAUCAGAGCUCAGAUCAUAGAGGCUUUUUUUGACCAAAGAAACUUCAGUCCGAGUGAGGAGGGGACGGUGGAGGAGAUCAGGUUUGAGGAGUUUCUCGUGGUCAUGUCUCAUUUCCGUCCUCCUCGUCACAGUAUGAGCGAGGAGCAGCGCGAGAGCGUCAGGAAGGACAAACUCCGAUUUUUGUUCAAUAUGCACGACACCGACAACGAUGGAACCAUCACACUGCAGGAGUACAGACACGUGGUGGAGGAGCUCUUGUCCCGCAGUGGGGCGCUGGGAAAAGAAACGGCCAAAAGCAUCGCAGACGCCGCCAUGUUGGAAGUGGCCAGUAUCUCUGUGGGUCACAUGGAGCCAGAUGAAUUUUAUGAAGGAAUCACAUUUGAACAUUUCUUGAAGCUGCUGAGCGGAUUCGACAUCGAGCAUAAAAUGAGCAUCCGCUUCUUAAACGUGGACACGACGCUGUGUAAGUGACGAGCGACGCCGUGAGUCACUGGAGCUUUAUCCAAACGAAC